AAAAGCGAACGCGUUUCUGCUUUGUUCUCUUUUCUUCCUUUAAUAAAUAAAUAAAUAUAUAAAUAAAUAAAAGAGCUGCGGGAGAAUUCGAGCUCCAGGACGGGAUCAGACCUCGGUGUCGACUGACGUUGGUUUCCACUUGUCAACUAUGGCUGAUGUGAAUCCUGAGCAGGGAAAUGAAAAGACGGAGGAGGAAAGUCAACUUCAGGAAGCCCAGCAGGAGCUGGAGACAUGGAAGGCUAAGGUGAAGGAAGCUGAUGACGUCAAAACGCGGUUGAUCUUUGACAAAGUUGACGUUGAUGAUGUCAAAACCAAAGCCCAGAAGGAGAUGACGGACUUGUUACAAAAACGAGAUGAAGCUCAGAGGGAGUUCGCUGCCAACAUGAGCAGACAGGAGGAACUGGUCUUGACGCAGCAGAGAAGGAACCAGGACUUACUAGAGAAGAGGAAGACGCUGCAGGCUAAGCUGGAGGCUGCGAGAGAAGAGUCGGUCAGGCUGAGGGAGAACUUUAAGGUCCGUGUCCAGGUCCCUGACAUAAAUGUCAAGUUCACCCGUCAGGCCCCCGAGGACCACCAUCAGGAGGGGGACUUCAUCAGAGGGGUGUUUGUCUUCAGACAGAUGCCCUCGGUGCUGCUGCGGGGGGGACAGGCUCUCAUCACCUUUGAGGAGGAGCAAGUGGCCUCUCAGAUCCUGAGGCUUGCUUCGUGCACUGUUCCCUGUGAGAACAUGACGGUGGAUGUGGAACCACAGAAGAUAAGGAUGAAUCCUUGGGUUCAGUUUGAGGUUCAUCUGAACGUGUCCACCAAAGAGGUGAAGGUUUCCAACAUCCCAGCCUCCUGCUCAGAGGGGAGACUGGAGGACCGGCUGGAGAUCAGUCUCUCCAGACCCAGCAGAGGAGGGGGGGAGGUGGACAGCCUGGUGUACGACAGGGAGACGGGCACCGCCCACGUUACCUUCCUCAAUCCAGGGGUUGCAGAGCACCUGGCCAUCAAGGGGGGGUACUCUGUGGAUUUGGACACUAGGGUGCGCGUGAAGAUUGAAAACAUUCACCGACAGGAGCUCAGACAGUUCCAGACCUUCUGUGCUUCAACAAAACGCACAGUUCUCCUGGACAACAUCAAAAACAGAGUUGACGAGGAGGAGCUGCAGGACCAGCUGGAGAUUUACUUCCAGAAACCUGGAAACUGUGGUGGGGAGAUAGAGAGCCUUCACUAUGUGCCUGUGGGGGGCGCUGUCCGGGCUUUAUUCUCCAACGACACAGUGAAGACAGAGAAUUGAAAGUGUCAGAAAAAUCAGUCACAGAAAAAAAAAUGGUUUCUUCUAAGUUUUAAUUUUGUUGUGAUUCUGUGGAGACACUUUAAUAAAGUUUAUUAUUGGCAGUUUGAA